AUGGAGCAUCCUCCCGCCAACAACGACAACAGUGCUGAAGAGAGCACCAUCACCAAGCCCAGUGAAGACACGUUUAGAAGCUUACUCAACGCCGACAACGACGUCACCGUAGACGAAGAGAUCGCCGAAGAUCAAGAAAUGGAAGACAGCUGGGUGUUCGUAGAAGCCGACUACCAUUCCUACAGCGAUGUCGCAUCUUCUGUCGCCGAAGGCUCGAGUUCGAGCUGUGAGCUCCCAGAGCGUGAAGAAGAAGAAGAUGCACACUCCAAGAGUGACGCUGACAAGUUGGAAGCGCAGAAUGGUGGUGUCAGGAAGGGAUUUGACAAGGAACCGACGAAGAAAGAGACUUCCAAUGGUGAAGGAAGUAGUGGCAAGAACGACGCAGAAGAUCUGCCAGACGUCGUGAAGUUGCUGAUGAGGACAGACUGUGUUGUCACUGUUCCUACGCUCGAUCUACGGGAUCGAUUUUGCAAGAUUGAGCAAAGAAUCGUGGCGGAGAAAGCCCGGCAUGCGAGACGAAUAGCAGAUAACCGAAUUCAGGAGGAGCGGGAGGACUGA